AUGCCUCCUUCUUCCCGGCACCGGCAGGAGAGCGGGUGCGGCUGCUGGGCCGUGCUCACGCGGGGCCUGCGCGGCUCCUGCUUCCGCCCGGCGGCGGCGGCGGCGGCCGCCCCUGCCGGAGCCGCCGUCAAAGCCGGCCUCGUCCACGAUGCAGCGGAGAUGAGAUACCUAAAUAGUAGCAAUCGAGAUCUUGGUGAUCAGUUUCAGAGAAACUUCGGUGACGAAAAUGGUGUUAACGCGUCAACUGAAAAGAAAACACCACACAAGCUACUUGAAUUUACUUUCCAAGAGUUGAAAUCUGCCACUGUUAACUUUAGGCCAGACAGUAUCCUUGGCGAAGGUGGGUUUGGGUAUGUCUUCAAGGGGUGGAUUGAGCCAGACAGCACAGCUCCUGCAAAACCUGGCACUGGUCUAACUGUAGCUGUCAAAAGUUUGAAGGAAAAUGCUCUUCAAGGACAUAGAGAAUGGGUGGCGGAAGUUGACUUUCUGGGACAGCUGCAUCACAAACAUCUUGUUAAGCUGAUUGGAUAUUGUAUCGAGGAUGAGCAGAGGCUGCUUGUAUAUGAAUUCAUGGCACGCGGAAGUCUAGAAAAUCAUCUUUUCAGAAGGACUCUCCCCCUACCUUGGCCCUAUAGGAUGAAGGUUGUUCUUGGUGCUGCUAAAGGUUUAGCCUUUCUGCAUGUUGGUCCAAAACCAGUUAUUUACAGGGAUUUUAAGACAUCGAAUAUUCUUAUUGAUGUGGAUUACAAUGCGAAACUGUCAGAUUUUGGGUUAGCAAAAGCUGGUCCCCAAGGCGAUAAAAGCCAUGUAUCUACUCGAGUUCUUGGCACCUAUGGCUACGCUGCACCUGAGUAUGUAAUGACAGGCCACUUAACAACUAAGAGCGACGUCUACAGCUUCGGAGUUGUUUUGCUCGAGGUAUUGACCGGCAGAAGAUCAAUCGACAAGAAACGGCCUCUUGGGGAGCAGAACCUAGUGGCAUGGGCAAGGCCGUAUCUAAGCGACAGGCGAAGGCUCUAUCAGCUCGUAGAUCCUCGCUUGGGGCUGAACUAUUCCAUUAGAGGGGUGCAGAAGGUAGCUCAGAUCUGCCACCACUGCCUUAACCGUGACAGCAAGUCACGCCCAAUGAUGGAUGAAGUUAUCAAACACCUAACGCCUCUGCAGGACCUAAAUGACAUGGCUGCAACGUCGUAUAGGCCUCGAUCGUCUCCUCGCGGAAAGGCUCGUCGGUGAUGUCCAGAUCGUGAUGCCUUUCUUCCCAUUGCUGGAUGCUGGUUUUGUUAAACUGUACAUAAGAAAUUGGGCUCCAUGUUCAUCGGCAACAAUUGGAGCCGGGACACCCACCAGAUGUCUCGCUUAAGUCAAUCACACUAUCUGGCUGAUUGCGAAGGCGAAACAACAGAAAAAUCUGACCGCGAUAUUGUAAUUUGUAGUAAUAAUAUCAAAACGAGUUAUUUUCUGAUUGAGAUAGAUGAGACCGAUCGCCACGAGAAUCCUUGGUCAAUUGCUUUCUUUGUGGUUGAUGCCUAGGUUGGGGCAGGUAGUGGUGCUUACUGUAGAUACACAUAAUCUCGGCCUGAUUUUCCAACAUGUUAAUAUCUUUCCUCU